AUGUUUCAGUGGCGCCCGUACUCGGUCCACCUGACAGACAACUGCGACGAAGACGAGCUGUGGGGAUUGUCCGGCUCCAUCGUCGACAACAUAACGGCUUCCAUGGGACUGCGGUACAAGUACAAGGCCCCAAAGGACAAUAUGUGGGGGUACAGGGUUCCCAAUGGAACCUGGACAGGCAUGCUCGGGGACCUGCAGAGAAACGAAAGCGAACUCGCCGUGGGUCCGUUUCUCAUCACCACUAUCAUUGACGGGGAAUUCUUAUUCGGUUCUGUGUUCCUUGUGGACAACUUGCGCUUCCUGGCCGGCCUCAAGCAGCCCUUCUUCAGCGCUGUCUUCUCCAGGGUCUCCCCUUUCGACAUUGAGCUGUGGGUGCUGGUGGGCCUGACCCUCUUGUUGCUGAGCUACCUGAGCGUCAAGCUGGUCAGGCUGCCACGUAUGCAACAUGAUAAAGGCUUCCUGCGGACGUACGGAGACAUCUUCUUCAUCUACUUCGCCGCCACCAUGCAGAAACACUCACCGACGGAGCACGUGGGUGGGGGCGUAGUGUUCCGCGGCCUACACUGCCUCUGGCUGGUGGCCAGUUUUUUUGCCAUGAACUUCUUCACGGCUAGCAUGCGCGCCGACCUGCUCGUCAAAGUCGAGGCACCACGCAUACGCACGACUGCCGACGUGCUGCGAAACCCCAACACACGUAUCCUGCUGUUCGGCAGCGCUGGCUUCACCGAGCUAUUUCUGUACACAAACGAAGACUCGUAUGCAGCCGUGUACGAUCAGGUGCGACGGACGGGCGGUGAGCUGCAUCCGUCCGAGAUAUACACGGACAUGAACUUUCGCGACGUCCUCGAUCGAAAGGCCGUCAUGCUUCAGGAGGUGAGCCCAUACCUGCGUUGGCACAUUGCGCUCAGUUCAUUGUCUGCGGCUCUUCGCGACUGCGUAGUUCACUGUGUCCACAUGAUGGAUAGAGUUAUAUUUACAGGCAUGUCGUAA